AUGUUUGACUCGCUUAUAGCUGGAAGUCAUAAGAAGCUGAAUUGGAUAAUGGUCGACAAUUCGAUUAUAGAUCCGAAGAAUGUUAGGAAGGAUAAAUGGGAAAUUGACGGUCACAUUCUUUGUAAAGUGGGCAUGACAACAAAGAAAGACGUGAAGUUGAGGUUGUCUGAGUGGAAGAAACAAUGCACUUUUGACGUGAUCAAUUUGACGCCCGCAAAUAUUGAUCUGUUACUCGAUGCCCAAAAUACUAAAAGUAGUAGUGGAAAGACCGACUCAUUAUCAACUUUGAUGAGUAAAUUAUCGUUAAAUAAGAAGAAGAAUAAGGCAACAAAUAAAUUUUUGACGAGAAAAGCAUGGCACCUAUAUACUUACAGAUCCGGUGGGUUUUAUACGGAUGGUCGUGGUGAAUUGAAACUACCGAGUAUUGAAAAUGGCAUACAUGAGUUAUUUAGGAAAAAAUAUGGCAAAUGCUACAUUUACUGCGCUGGAUGUGGUGAAAAUAGACGGACAAGACAUUGUGAAUGGUUUAAAAUGCCUAUUAACGAUUUACCAACAAUCAUGAAGAGUAUCGAUGAUUUUUGUUUAAGCCAGAGUAAAGCAUAA